GUUGUGCUGCCUCAGCCACAGUUUAAUGUGUUCCUGGUAGAGUAUUAAUAAACCUCUUUUUCUAGGUCAGGAUUAAGAAGGCUGUUACAUUUCAUUGUGAUAACAAAAUAUAGCCAAGGAAAAGGUUAAAGUUCAGUCAAAACUGAUAAAGCUAUGGCUAUAAUUCAAGAAAGAAUUGGGUGAAUCUUGUUACAAGAUCUUGAAGCUGAUCUACAGUUCUAAUCAGUAAUCUGAAAAGGCAGAGUGAUGGGAACAUGGGUUCUACUCUUGUUCUCUAUACAGUUGCCUGCUUUUCAAAUGUUGCAUCAGUGGAUAUCCUAGUAACAUCUUCAACACAAUGUCUGCAAGAGUUGAAUGAACCUGUUACAAGGGAUGUGUCUAUCCUGAACCUCAGUGGCCUCAAGCUUAGAAGAAGCUACCCAGACUGCUUGAGGUACUACAGCCAGCUACAGGUCUUACUUCUUAACACUUCCAACUUAAAUACUUUGGAUGAUACAAUAUUUUUGAACACAUCUAGUAUUAAACAGCUCUAUCUACAAGAUAACAGGUUAAGAGAAUUUCCAUCCAAACCAAUGGUUCCUCUCACUCAGCUUCAAGUCCUAUAUGUCAAUAAUAAUUACAACAAAGAGAUUAAAUCAGAUGCCUUUCAGGACUUGAAGGAGCUCAGACAGCUUCACUUGGGGCCCCAGAUGCAGUUUCAAAGCUUUGAAUAUCAAGCCCUUCUCCCUCUGAAAAAAGUUAAGGUGCUGGUUCUCAAGGGCCUCAACCUCACCUUUGUACCUGUCAUUAAUCAAAUGCAGCUGCUUCAGGAUCUGGACUUAUCUGAUAAUAAGAUCGAUAGAGUAUUAGCACAGUACUUUUAUAAUCUCACCAAACUCCGGGUGCUGCAAUUGGCAGGCUGUAGGAUCACAUUUAUCAGCAAAUCAGCUUUCAGUUCUCAGAAGAACCUAAGGCUGUUGGACCUGUCCAGGAAUGGCCUCAUAACCUUAUCCAAAGAAACACUCAGUUCUAUCAUUCAGUCAGCAGGUGGUGCUGUUGUCAUACUAUUGGCCCAGAACCCAUUUCACUGUGACGCCAGCAUGUGCCCGAUGAAGAAGUGGUUGGAUACUGUAAAGUUGCACAUACAGCUGGACAUGAUGUGUAGUAGCCCUGAGUCUCUCAGAGGACACUGGAUGACCCAACUACCACUCACAAAAUAUAAUUGUGUAAAAGAGCCUAAUUUUGCACUUCUACCCAAAGCUUCAAACGUAAACAAAACUGCUAUAGCACAAUCAUUUCUUGGGAAAGGACCCACUGGCAUCGUAAUAGUUUCUGCGGCUGUAACUUCCCUACUCCUCAUCUCCGUAAUAUACUUAGCUUCAGCAAAAUUAAUUCAGUGGUCAUUUCUCAUGAAGCACUGUGCUUGUCGCAGUGCAGAAUCCACUCAGCAAGGUAAAGAAGAGGCUGCCACAAACAGCAUUCGUCCACAAGCCUGA